AUGGUGAUUCAUCGCAAGACCGGUUAUUUUAACUUUCUGAAAACAAAGGGCGAUGAAAUGAAGGCACAAAAAAUAGUGGAGAAAGUGGAUAUGAAAACGAAGAAGGAAAUCGCUAAUAUGUGGCAAAAGUUGGAUGCUACUCAGAAAGCAGAGUAUGAAUCUAAAACACCUUCAACGAAUGCCUCGAACAAGAGUUGUUUGAAGAUAGCCACACGAUGCAGUCCGAAGGAUAUAAAGGACACUAUAAAUGUUUUAAGUGAUGAGAAAAAAGAAGCCAUUGAAGAAAUGGGAUUUGUUUCGUUGUUGGAAAUGAAGUGCCGAAAACUGUCACAUUCAAUGUGUGUUAAGGAUGGAGGAGAGGAAGUUGACUUCACUGGAUCUAUGGAUGACCAAGACAUUGUAAAGUUCAAUACGAAAGGAUGUGGCAACUUUGGUGGCCACUAUUGCUCGUAUGGACGAAUCGCUCUCCAAUAUUAUGUCUGUGUUAUCAUCAAAAAUGAAGAGAAAGAAAGAACAUUGCGCACUCCAUGCCCUCAUGAACUGGAAGUUAAACUGAAGAAGGAAGAUGAUAACAUGCUUGAUAUGGGGUGUGAUGGGGGACAAAAAUUCCUUGGAAAUACUAAACCUCCAAAAAGUAGGCCAAACAAAGAAAACGGAACUCCCAACGAGCAAGAUGACAAUGUUAAAGGAUUUGCAACUGUUGAUAAAACUUCGGCUCCCUCUAUUGAAGUCAUCCGUGAAAGAAAACAUGCAAAACAACCUCAGAAUGAGGAUAAAAUGGGUCACAACAAAGUUAAAAAUUUGUUCUUAGAGAAUUGUAGUUCAACUUCAACAAGGGAUCCGAUAGUGACGCGUGCAACAGCGAAUAGAAAGCCGGGUCCCCACAAGAGAACUCCUUAUGAAGACAUCAAUGAGUUGAAAGCUAAAGCAAAUGCAAAAACCCGACAAGUAAUUGCUCACGAGCAGAUUAUGAAGAGAUUGGGUGUCGGUCCAUUCCGGAUGACCAACGAUAUUUCUGAAGAUGAUAGAGAUCUACUAAGUUUGCAUUUUGUUGCAAUCCAUUGGAUCCAAAAUGAACUACUCGUUGACACUGGGGCUGUAGCUAUAGAUCAUCACCAUUUGAGAAGCCUUGCCCCUGGGUCACCUCUCUUUGAUGAUAUAAUCAAUGUAAUGGCAGACUAUUUAUAUGAUACCACCUCCACAAAAUGGUUCCUACCUACGUAUUUUUGGUCGGAAUGCGCCAAGUUCGCACGUCCCAGUGAUCGUAUGACAUCAUGUGCUAGGACACACAACUUUUGUCUCGCAAGAUUUAAUGGGCGACUGAAGGAUUGCAUGCAGAUCUAUAUUCCGAUGCACGAGGAUGUAAUUGGUCACUGGUAUCUUUUUAUUUGUGACAUUUUCCAUAAGAAAGCUGAAAUUUGGGAUAGUUUACCUGAUGCGCGUCACAAUAAGAAACGCGAGAACGAUUGCCAUAUUAGUGUAAACUCUGUUUUUCAUGAUGACAUAUUGUCGAUAUUUGGGACGGAGUGGACAUUCUCCUUCUUUUCUGUUGUGUCCCCAUUGAAUGUCAAUCCCAUCCAACCUAAUGGUGUGAAUUGUGGCAUUUUUGUCAUAAGACACAUGCAAUAUUAUUGUCAAUUGUGGUAUGACCGGUACGACUCUAAUGAACAACAAAUGCGACUUGCUAUUGAGUUGGUCCGAAAUGAAAAAAAUCUAUUGUGUGAUGCAAUAACACGUGAAGCAUUGAAAGUGAUGGAAAAUGGAUCUGAUUUUAUGGCGAAGGGGAACAAGAUUGGUAAUGUUGAGGUUAAAGACAUGGAUGUGGCAGAUGUGACCGUUAGAAGAAAGAGGGUUUAUAUUCGGAAACAAAAAAAAUCAGCAGUGACUAUACCAAAAACACGUACAGGCCGCAGUCAGCCUAGACCUCGGCGCCACUAA